AGAACAUGUCUGUUUGUCAAAGUGAAGGCGCAGACAUCGCAGCCUCUCGUCCAGAGACGUUGCAGUUGCAAUCUUUAUCAAACGCUAUUGUAAACUCAAGAGAGAAAGACUUGGAUACAGAGGAAUACUAUCCCUUUUCACGAAUUGCUACCAAAAACAAUCGCUUAAAGCUCAAUUGGUGGCAUUCACCCACACAACCGCAAGAUGUGGAAGCAGCAUUCUUGCAGCCUGAGAGAAGGGAACAAAGAGGACAUGGACAUGCCGAUAGAAUAAAUACCGUUGAUAAUAACAAUACCGUAGUUCAUAGCUGCCUUAACACGCCAUCAAAGCUAUUUUCCGUCCUUCAACGAAGUCAGCCCGAUCGAGAUCAGAAAGUGCUCACUUGCGAUACAAAAAACGAACCUCCCUUUGAUCCGGGGGUUGAGGAAUUUGAUAUGAAGGACUCUCAUCGACUUGUAGAUGAUCCUAAACCAUGCGAUGGUAUAUUAAAUCAAGACCAGGAAGACCAGAUGAACAUAUCCGGAUAUCGACGGUGUUAUGUGCGCAGUAUUCUUUGCUGGGUCUGCAUUGUUCUAACUGGAGGUCUACUGCGACUCGUGUUACACUGGUGGCGCCAUUGGUAUUUGUUCGCCACCUGCCAUCAGUGCCCUCUAGAUGAGGCAGAUCAGGUAUUGAUAGUAGAGGACUAUCAAGGCAAGCACAAGCUGUAUCAUGUGAAGAGCGUUCGCGUUUUAAAUACAAAUCAACUGAAGUCCUUAUUGCUAAAGGGAUAUCCAAAAAGUAGUGAAGUCGAUGAUAAUAAUUUGCAAAUCUCAGUGCAUUUUACAUCAGCUCAGUUCAAAAAUUGUUCGUCCAUUCGGAUAUUCCGGUGCAAGCAAUUGGUAUAUGCGUGGGACAGCACACUGAAUUGCUUUAAUAAAGUGAAUGGCCUCGACCUUAAUGUUCCUUGUUCAUACUACCAUCAGCAGCGUGGCUUAACGGUGUAUGAGCAGCUAUCCAGGCGCAUAGUUUUUGGCGAAAAUGAGAUAACUGUGCCAUUGCGAGAUGUCAAAACGUUAUUAUUCCUGGAAGUGCUCAACCCCUUCUAUGUGUUUCAAAUAUUCUCGGUUGUCCUGUGGUUUACUUACGACUACUACUAUUAUGCUUGUGUUAUUCUCUUAAUGUCUAUCUUUGGAAUAACAAUGUCCAUUUUGCAAACGAAAAAGAAUCAAGAUGUACUUCAAAAAACGGUGCACAACACUGGGAAUGCUUUCGUUUUGGAUUCUAAGGGUGUUUCCAAAGAGUUUCCAACACAAACUCUUGUACCGGGUGAUAUAAUUGAAAUACCUUCAUCAGGAUGUACAAUGCAGUGUGAUGCAGUAUUAUUAUCAGGCAACUGUAUUCUAGAUGAAUCGAUGCUAACGGGCGAGAGUGUUCCGGUAACAAAAACUCCGUUACCUCCGAAACGUGAUAUGAUUUUUGAUAAGAAAGAGCAUGCCAGGCAUAUACUCUUUUGCGGAACAAAGGUUAUUCAAACGCGAUAUAUUGGAUCUAAGAAAGUAUUGGCAUUCGUGAUUAACACCGGUAACAUAACAGCAAAGGGAGAACUAAUACGAUCCAUUCUUUAUCCUCCACCUGUGGACUAUAAGUUUGAACAAGAUUCAUAUAAAUUUAUCCAGUUCUUGGCAUUAAUUGCUUGUGUUGGAUUUAUUUACACACUAAUAACAAAGAUAAUACGGGGAACGGAUCCGGUAAAAAUAGCAGUUGAAUCUCUGGACCUAAUUACUAUUGUUGUACCUCCCGCCCUACCAGCUGCAAUGACGGUCGGUCGCUUUUAUGCCCAGAAGCGUUUGAAGGUUAACGACAUCUUUUGUAUCUCUCCACGGUCUAUUAACGUGGCAGGAAGCAUAAAUUGCUGUUGUUUUGAUAAGACUGGUACCUUAACGGAGGAUGGGCUGGAUAUGUGGGGGGUGGUCCCUAAGUCGUCCACUAACCAAUUUCAAAUACCCUUGAAGAACGUGAAUCGUCUGCCAUAUGAUCACUUUCUUUUUGGCAUGGCAACAUGUCAUUCUAUUACUGUACUGAAUGGUACGAUGAUGGGUGACCCACUGGAUCUUAAAAUGUUCCAGUCAACGGGGUGGAUACUAGAGGAUUCUAAAGAUAUACCGGAUAAUGAGAAAUAUGGCCUUAUUUAUCCAACAAUACUGCGCCAACCAAAAGACUUUUCCUCCGAUACUUCGUCACAUAUUAAAACUGGGUUACAACGGCAGUCAUCAGUAGAUGAUUUGUUAGCUAAUGUUGGCCUGUCGCAGACCCAGAAAAGCUUUGAUCAUGGGAUUGUACGAGAAUUCCCAUUUACCUCAAGUCUUCAGAGAAUGUCGGUCAUCACUCGUUGUCUCAGUGCACAAGGAUUUAAUGUAUACUGUAAAGGCUCUCCGGAAAUGUUACAACAGCUGUGUAGACCGCAGAGCCUACCAGAUAACUACUCCCAACAGUUGUCGACAUUUGCCAAAAAGGGCUACCGAAUUAUAGCCUUGGCAUUCAAGGCCCUCGCCCCCAAGAUUAAUUAUACAAAAGUUCAGCGCAUUUCCCGCGAGGAAGUUGAACUUAAUUUGGAGUUUCUUGGUUUUGUUAUCCUAGAGAAUCGACUCAAGCCCGAUACUACAACGGUAAUCCAUGCACUAAACGCUGCCAAAAUAAGGACAAUAAUGGUAACUGGAGAUAAUAUUUUAACUGCGACGAGUGUUGCAAGGGAUUGUGGUAUAGUAUCUCCUGCACAGGCGGUAAUUACGGUGCACGCCGAUCCAGUUGAUUUGGCUGCGAUUACAAAUACGCAUGCUCACAGUAGUCAUACUAGUCCAGGUGAUACGAAAAGCACGUCCGAACAUUAUCGACAUAGACAAUACAAACUUCAGUACACUUUGGACUUGGGAAGCAAGAACUGUGCCCCAUCUCAAUGGAAAUCUAACUGCAAUGGAAACACUGUAAAACAAGAGAGUAACUUAAGUGGCAAUUGUCCUCCAAGCCUUUACCGGUUGAUGUCUACAAAUUCGUUAGCUAAUGGGUCAAACACUAGUUAUGCUGAAAGCAUUUUUCCCAACAGUGAUAGCUUGGCUAGUGUAAAGACCGUGGACACAUGGACUCACAACGAGGCUAUAGAAGUUGACGUGGAGCUUGGAACGGAAUUCGCACAAGACGAUAAUUGGCGGCGCCAUUAUAUAUUUGCAAUGGAUGGUAAGACGUGGCAAAUUGUGAAGGAACAGUUUCCUGAGGAGCUGGGAAUACUUUUAACGCGUGGAGCUAUUUACGCCCGUAUGUCGCCCGAGCAAAAGCAGGCAUUGGUUAUGGAACUUCAAAAAUUAGACUACUGCGUGGCCAUGUGUGGCGAUGGUGCCAAUGAUUGCGGUGCACUGAAGGUGGCACAUGCUGGUAUUUCGUUAAGUGAGACAGAGUCGUCCAUUGCCUCCCCAUUCACUUCGCGUAAUCCCACGAUUGCGGCUGUGCCAAAUGUUAUAAAGGAGGGUCGCGCCGCAUUGGUCACAUCGUUUGGCAUUUUUAAAUAUAUGGCAGCAUAUUCGCUGGUACAGUUUAUAUCAGUGAUGAUCCUGUACUCGAUCGACUCGAAUCUAACAGACAAACAAUAUCUUUAUGUUGACCUAGGCUUGAUAUCAAUAUUUGCCUUUUUUUUUGGUAAAACUGAAGCUUUUGAUGGCCACCUAGUAAAACAGGUCCCGCUUAGUUCGCUGAUAUCUCCCACGCCAUUGGCGUCCCUCUUAUUGCAUCUGGUCGUAGUGACUGUGUUUCAGGUAGCUGGUUGGUUUCAGCUGCAGCAACAGCCUUGGUUUCAGCCGUUUCAAUCAUCAGAUGAGGAUCACCUAGGUUGCUAUGAGAACUACACCAUGUUUGCAAUUUCCAGUUUUCAGUAUAUUAUACUCGCUUUUGUAUUUUCGAAAGGUGCUCCUUAUCGGAAACCCUUGUGGUCUAAUUGGCCACUGUGCUUAACAUUUAUUUUAAACUGUUGCAUCAUAGUCUAUUUAGUUGUUUACCCUAGCGAAUGGGUAGCCAAUUUUUUCCAGCUAAUUGUGCCACCAGUUAUGAGUUUUCGAUAUGUAAUGCUUAUUUACGGAGCUGCAGCUUUUGUUGUCCAUUUGUUUGUGGAGUCUUUUCUUGUUGAAUACCUAGUAUUCAAAAAAUAUCAAGUGCGGCGCGAUCAAAGCUGGACUACGUCUAAGCAACAACACAUGCGCCUGGAGUAUAAUAUUACAGCAAAUGAGAACUGGCCACCUAUAACUGAAGUAUACGAGCCCCACGAAUCCACUGAUUGGGAAGGAGGACAACCUACAUAUGUUAGCUUGGGCGCUGAGCAAAGUCUUGAUACGCAACACAACACCUUCCUAGGAUUUUUUGAUUCGUCGGAUAAUAAUGCACAUAAUAUAAAACAACCUCCAUCUACUCCUUCUGUAGAACAGUAACAUUUAAGUCCAUUCGCAUAAGAAAUUGUACAAAUCUGAAUAGUUAAUCAUCCCUCUUUGUAAAUACUUGUGUUUGAAUACAAAAAUUAAAAUAGGAAUACAUAUAUUAUAUAGGUGACUAAUUAUAGUUUUGUUCGUAGUUGGAAAUUAAGUUACUUUUUUGUCAUAUCAUCAUCUUCAUACAAGAAGAGUUUGUUCUUAUAAUCGAAGUUUUGAAAGUGUGCACGGCGAUGCUAUAUAUAUAGUGUGUAAUAUAUACUACCUCUGAUUUCGGCCGGAAAUUGCACAUUACCAGAUAAUUCUAUUUGUUUUAUAAUAAGCAAUAGAUGAUUGAAUGGAUUUAGAUACGCUUCGAUUGAUUGAAUAAAAUCGUUAUGAAUUUA